AUGACAAAAUCGAAUACGAGCGCAGGAAGUGGUUUCGGUGCACCAUUGUUGGCUGAUAUCUUUGAUGCCACGGUGACGAACCAUUUGAAGUGUCCUCCGCCAGUUGGUGAACCUAAUCACUUGAUGUUGGGUUCCCUGUGUGGUACCACCUUCGGUGUAUCCCUGGACAAAGGACGUCGGGCCUUUGCAGAAGCAUUGUUGCCUGUGAUCAUGUCAGAAGGUUUGGCCUUGGGUCAGAAACCACUGAAUGGCGAUUUGUGGAAAAAUUUUCCAUUUAUGUCAGAAUGCCCAGUUGGUUUCGUUUGGCCAGCUACAAUUAGCUAUGCCGAAUUCUGUGAUUCUCUGGAGAAUCGCAAUAGUAAGGUUUUUGGGGGACUGUUGCAUCUUCUUGGCACCCAAAAAGCGGUAAUUGAAAAUUGGUUUGACGCUGCCGUCAAUGCUAAUUCUCACGCGUUUGGUGUACCUGUGGUAUUGGCUCUUCCUCUAUGGGAUACUUUUCCAACUGUUGAUAACCCUAAUGGACAAUCGCUGAUUGGUGAUUGUAAGCAGUUGGCGCCGUUUCAGGUCCAACAAGAUCGUUUCUUGCGCAAUCACUUCUCUCAAAUUGUGAGACGCGGACCUAUCACUGCCCAAUCCAAGGCGUUCCAGAUGGCGCGGAUGCAGUAUCAUAUGUUCAUUAAACGCGGAACAUUGGAAUAUCCAUUGGAUCAAGGUGGUGGCGGCACCCUAUCUGCUGAAUGCCAACCUUUUCUGAGUCAAAUGAUGCAACCCAUGGAUGGAUGGAACGAUGAUGGCCCAAAUUGGUGUGCCAAUUUUACACUGGACCCAGUGGAGGUCCCGUCUCCCUUCCAUCUUUAUCCAGUCAAGGAUAUUCCCAAAACAGCAAAAGCACCUCCAGGUUAUAAACCACAACGUCUGGUGCGACCGGUGGAAGAAGGACCAGGAGAAUCCUUUGAUGAUUUUCUAGCAGCUUCUCAACAACUACAUUCAGGUGAGCAAUUAGACGAUCCAGUUGAUUCCUCUUCCGAUACGGAUGAGGUCGCAUAUGUCGCUACACGAGGACCACCACCCAAUGAUGGUAAAUCAAGAAGGGUGACGAAUCCUACUGCAGGUGGGCCGUAUGCACAGAUGGCAGCAACCCUGAGACCACCAACUCGUGAUCCAACAACAGGACACCAAACGGGGGUAUCGUGGUCAACGUCACCAUCUUUUCUUGCACCUGUGCCAGCUGUCUCUCCUCCUGAAGACGACGACGCCGGUUAUAAUGUUCAUGCACGGGAUCCAUUUGCACCUACUGUAUCACCAUUGAAGCGGCAGCAUCUACCAUUUCAUCAGUCUGGAAGAACUACUACACCGCGUCCUAAUAGAGACAAGGCGGACUGGACUUCCCCAUUUGCGCCCAAUAAGCGUCCGAGGAUGGAUGUUGGGGACCAUGCAGGGCCAUUUCAACCAACUCCGUCUCCUUUUCGGGGGAGCCCAAGUCCUACUGUUCCUACAAUGCAUGAUCCAUUUGCACGGGCACCAUCUCCUUAUCACACAGGAGCGCCAGUCCAGCAGUCGCCGUUCCAUCCUAUGCCAGUGCAACAACAUCCUCAAGUGACUCCGGGCAUGUAUCAUAAGCUGUCGCCAUACCAGCCAACGCCACCGUCGCAGUAUCGUACCCGCACCCAACAUUCGUGCCUGACGGAAUGGGUGGAUACUAUCAGACAAUGAAAAGAUGGAGAACAAGCAAGACAAGUGUCUUCUGAAGCUGUCUUUCAAAUCCUCAUGCCAUCGGAACUUGGACGACAGGUUCUGUCUGGUGUGGAUCAUAAGAAUGACGGAAGUGCGGCUGCAGUUGCCAUGGUCCGGGUGAUAAGAUACCGCGCCAAACUGUCACUUGGGCUGUUUGGAUCGUUACGAUUACCUUCCGAGCAGCUGUUGACUACUGUCAUGGAUAGUGUCUUUGUCCGGAAUGGUUUGGACAUGAACACAUGGAGUGUGGAACCGGAAAGACCGCCUCCUUCAUACACCAAGAAACAAUUCUCGGUAUUGUCCUUCCUUCCUUGUUUGGACACUGGUAUGUCUUCUACUAUGGUUCUACGCAGGGGUAUAACGCUCGACCAAGCGAGGCAACUGGGAAUGAUCAUCUACUAUUUCUUUGCCAUGUUGAGUGCUAAAAAGCCAACCUAUGAUGGUGCGGAUUAUGAUGAUGGGGAUUUUCAGAGUUCAAUCUUUGGUAAUACUCUGUUUUUAAUGUGCAAUACUUUGAUGCAGAAUGGGGAUUUGAUGCGAUUGUGGAUGACGUAUCCGGAAAUGUGUACAACGGAAUACGUUCGUGACCUAACGGAGCUUGUGUACCACUUGAAGUCGUUUGUGGAUUACCGGUCUGGGGCUGAUAUGGGUCAUUAUGGCAUACAUGAAGCUCGUCUUGCAAGUCAUCCUAACUUUCCUUUCAUGGUCGUCUCCUCUUCGAUGGAGAGUCGGCGAAGUACAACUCGAACUGCCCAUCUGAAAUUGGCUAUUCAAAAAUAUUGA